AUGAACAAAACUCACCCCCAGAGAAACGGUGUUGUUGCUGCUUUUGAUUCAGCAAAGUCCUUCUCUGAAGAAAGAGUGAACCGCUUCUGUGCAGCCUCCAAUAACCGCACAGGCUUCUUGUGUGACGAUAGAGUGACCUGCGUCCCAGCCAGCCAGGUCUGUGACAGACUCAGCAACUGCAGGAAUGGAGAGGAUGAGCAGGAGGAACUCUGCGGUGAUGUGCCCAACAGCCUUCCAGGACACCUGGUUUUCCGCUGCAGUAACCCCACGUUCUGGGUCUAUGCCGAUCAGAGGUGUAACGGGAUGAACGACUGCGGAGACUGCUCUGACGAGAUGGGGAGCUCGGCCGCCUGCCCCCCGUGUGGGUCGGAGUGGUGGAGCUGCAGCCCUGUGCUCUACGAGUACUGCUCCUGCAUCCCCAGGAGGCUGUGCCGGGACCGCGUCCAGCACUGCCACAGCUGGUCCGAUGAGUAUAUCUGCAGACUGUGA